CUGCCCGCGGCGGGGCGGGGCCAGCGCGGUGUGGGGACAGGCCGAGCCCCCGCUCGAAACCCGCUCAGAAGCGGGCGGGGCUCGCGAUGGCCGCAGACGUCUCUGCGGGUUGGUGCUUGAGAAUCUUCAGCCUGGUCUACUUCUUGCACUGGCUGGGUUCUACCAGCUGUGACAACCAGCAGAUCUAUGGAGUCGUGAACGGGAGUGUCACUUUGUAUUCACCGAAUUCUGCAUUUACAGAAAUUAUGUGGAAAAAAGGCAAAGAUAAAGUCAUACACUGGCAGACAGGUUAUAAUGAGAGUGUUUACCCACCGUUUAAAGGGAGAGUUUCUUUAAACCGUACAUCUGGUAACCUCAUCAUCUUCAACUUAACACUAUCAGACGAAGAUGAGUAUGGAAUGGAAAUCUUGGGCCAUACGAUGAUCAGACUUGAUCUUAAAGUCCUUGAGCCUCUUCCAUCUCCAACACUAAAUUGUACAUUGAGUGGUGAAAAUAUUACAGUCUCUUGCUCGAUCCCAGAAGAUUACACAACUCAUCGAGAACUAAUAAGAUACUCGUGGCGUUGCUCUUCAGCGCAGUGUGUCAAUAGCUCAGAAUCUACGAUGCAUUUUCAGAAGAAAGAGGACCUUUCACAAAAAAUAGAGUGUACCAUUGAGAAUCAAGUAUCCAACGCGACAUCAUCACUCGUUUUGGAAACCUGUGUCCCAGGAGAUCACUCAAGGGCUCGGUAUGGACUUAUAGGAGCAUUACUACUACUACUACUACUACUGCUCUUGAUUUGGCCGUUUAUGAAAUGUGUUCGGAAAUACAACGGAAACGCAGGAAGUACCAACUCCAGUUAAUUGGCGAUAGAAGAUGAAAUCAGAUGUAUAGUUACUAAAUUAUUUAAAUAACUUUAAAAAAACCAGCUGAUCCACAUUUCAAGUAUUACAUUAUUCUUGAGGUAAUUUGGAAAUCUAACCUGAAGCAACCCUUCAUCAGAAAUAUUGUUUUAGAACAUCAAUGGAAAAACAAAAAGCAUUACUCUGUCUUUGGGCUGUAUGAAUUUCUAUACAUUCAUUUUGUAAAAAUAUGUAAAUUGUAAAUAAAUACAAGUAUGUAUAUAAGUGA